AUGCCGCUGUACGGAGCGACUCUUUUGGGGGUAUGCUUCGUCUGUCUCGGCAGCUUGAUCGUCGGGGAAGACCCGUAUAGAUUCUUCGAUUGGAAUGUUACCUUCGGCGUUAUCCAUCCCCUAGGCGUUCCACAGCAGGUGAAUUGCUCAACCUGGCUCUCCCUCACCUGUUUGUAAUGAACUCUCUCUCUCUCUCUCUCGCUAUAUAUAUACACACAUAUAUACAUACAUAUAUAUAUAUAUAUAUAUAUAUAUAUAUAUAUAUAUAUAUAUCUGUCUCUUCCCAACGAUUCUGGACCUCAGGGAAUACUGAUCAACGGGCAAUUCCCCGGACCGGACAUUUACUCGGUUACAAACGACAACCUGAUCAUCAACGUGCACAACAGCUUGCCUGAGCCAUUCCUCAUCUCCUGGUGAGUUCCACUCCCCCAGACUCCCAAUCCGCUUUGUUCUCUCUACGACUCUGUUUCUGUCUCUCUCCCCCCUCUGCUAGAAUCAGUGCACGGCAGAGUAGGUGUUUAGUGCCUUGACGACCUCCGAUGACAGAAGCUUCCCGAGAUCUUCUCGCCCCUACAUCUUCUCUCUCUCUCAAAACAUUAGUUUGUGGCGUUUCCCAUUAGUUGAUUACACUGCAGGAGCCGUAUUUGGGUGGGCGAUUGUGGUUACAUGACCUCAUCUUUCCUCGAACUGCCUACGAAUCUCGGCUCACUAAUGUUUCCCUAGCGGACCUUCAUCUUUGAGGGACAGAGGAUGAGAAAACAAAAGAAACUUCAAAAAUAACCGAUGAAUAUUUCGGACUCGAUAAUUGGGACUUGAUCAGCGACGCCGUUUUGAAAAAUAUAUCUUUUAAACUGAUUGGGUGCGACGCGGACCGGGAGAACAGGAACGGGAUACAGCAGCGGCGGAACUCGUGGCAAGACGGUGUGUUCGGGACGAACUGCCCCAUUCCGCCGGGGAGGAACUUCACUUACGUGCUCCAGGUGAAGGACCAGAUCGGGAGCUUCUUCUACUUCCCCUCCCUCGGCUUCCACAAGGCUGCUGGCGGCUUCGGCGGCAUCCGGAUCGUCAGCAGGCCCCGCAUUCCCGUCCCCUUCGCUGACCCUGCCGGCGACUUCACUCUCCUCGUCGGCGACUGGUACAAAUCCAACCACACAGUUAAGUCCCUCCCCCCUCCUCACUCUCUCUCUCUUUCUCAACCUCUCCCCUCUGAAAUGAUCAGUUAUGAUACCAUCUUCAUCAUUAAUGAUAUUUUUUAGCUCGUCUGUUGGGAUAAAACUUUGAGAAAAACUAAAUAUACGAGGAAAAAAGUUAUUUCUUUAUAAUUUAAGUAAUUAGGCUUAUCGUGUUUUCUGCAUGACGUAGCACAUGAAUGCUAUGUCCGUGAUAUACGUCUUUCUGUUUGCAUGUUCGGCUGGUUCCGGAAGAACACUCCGAACUGAUGAUGGGCCCGGCAACGCGGCCAUAAUAUCGUAAAUUAAUUAUAAGCUUUAAAGACUGCUUCAACAUUUUAAAAAAUGAGUAUGAAAAAUAAAUUUAAAUAAAAUAAUUUCGACGUACGGAGGCGGAUUUGGAGUCGCAGACUUCAGCCCAUUUUCCUCGUCAGAUUAUUUUCCUCUCUGACUCUCCAAUCUCUGCCCUCUACGGAGGCGGAUUUGGACUAUUUCUGGAAAUUUUGCGUUCGCAUAUUACAUUCUAUUUCUCUGCUUAUUAGACAAAUAGAACCUGAAUCUAUCCAUACUGCUCUCGUCUCUCGCUGUUAGCUCUGAAUACUUCCCUCUUGUAGGCUCUAAAGACCAUCCUUGACCGCGGCAAGAAGCUCCGGUUUCCCGACGGCAUUCUCAUCAAUGGCCGCGGACCCAAUGGUGCUUCUUUCACUGUCGAUCAAGGUAAGCCCUCUCCACCCGCUUCAACGAGCACCGAGGCAAUCGAGCUUCGUAAGGGUAUGGCCAUGGAGAUGGGACGUAACGGUGAGGUCCCCUUGCAGGGAAAACGUACAGGUUCCGGAUAUCAAAUGUCGGUUUGCAGAGCUCCCUCAACGUGAGAUUUAAUGGCCACAAGAUGAAGUUGAUCGAAGUGGAAGGGACACACACUCUCCAGGAGACGUACUCCUCCGUCGACGUCCACGUGGGCCAGUCGCUGUCUGUUCUGGUCACAGCAGACCAGCCUGUCCGGGACUACUACAUCGUCGUGUCCUCUCGAUUCACGAAGCCCGUUCUUACGACCACCGGGAUCCUCCAUUACAGCAGCUCCUCCCAGAACGUCUCCGGCCAGCCUCCGGGAGGGCCGACGACCGAGAUCGACUGGUCUCUCAGCCAGGCUCGUUCAAUCCGGUACGCUUUUCUUCUUCUACCCAGCUUCAUGGUACCGACGUCUCUUCAAAUUGUUUUUGAGAUUUCCUUCGUUUGCCGCUAAAUAAUGGUUUCUGCCUCAGAACCAACCUCACCGCAAGCGGCCCGAGGCCGAAUCCACAGGGUUCGUAUCACUACGGUCUGAUCAACAUCACUCGGACCAUCAGGCUCGCCAGCUCCGCCGCUCAAGUGAACGGCAAGCAACGCUAUGCAGUGAACAGCGUCUCCUUCACCCCGGCGGACACGCCAUUAAAGAUCGCAGACUUGUACAAGAUCGGAGGGGUAUUUAGACUCGGAAGCAUCUCGGACAGCCCUACUGGUGCACGGGAGCACCUCGACACAUCGGUGAUGGCUGGAGACUUCCGGGCUUUCGUAGAAAUCGUGUUCGAGAACAAGGAGAGCAUCGUCCAAAGUUGGCACCUGGAUGGCUACUCUUUCUUCAUUGUCGGGUAAUGAGCGGCGUUUAUGGAAGGGGAUAAAACCUCCUCGCAAGAUCUCUUACUAUGAUCUCGGUGAUUGUGCAGGAUGGAUGGGGGAAGGUGGAGCCCUUCCAGUAGAAAGCAAUACAACUUAAGGGACGCAGUGGCGCGUUGCACUACUCAAGUAGGAGGAAACCUCUUUUCCUUCCUCCUGGUCUUUGUUAACUCACUGAGCGGUACAAACCAUGUAAUUUGUUCACUGUCGUGACAAAAUUUGCAGGUAUACCCAAGGUCGUGGACGGCUGUGUACUUGGCUCUUGACAACGUGGGGAUGUGGAACCUAAGGACUGAGCAUUGGGCACGUCAAUAUCUCGGGCAACAGUUCUAUCUGAGGGUAUACUCCCCCCUGGAGUCCACAAGGGACGAGUACCCUAUCCCUAGGAAUGCACUUCUCUGCGGAAGGGCUUCCGGCCACCGCACUCGGUCACUGUGA